AAAAAAAAAACUAAAUAAAAUGUAGAAGAAUUGCCUUCUUGUUCGUUCAAAUACACAGCACAGCCUUCUUUCCAAAAAAUAAAUAAAUAGAGCACAGCCAGGGCUAAAUUCCUGAACAAAAAGCUGCUGUUGCUCCAACUUCACCGUGCCUCCGGCGGUACACCUUCGAUUUUCCGGCGGCAGUAGCUCAAGUAAGACGGAUCAGUGAUUCACUGAGACAAGAGGUUUGAUUGUGUUUGGUUGAGGUGGCAGUCAAUUAUUGGAGAAUUGGGCAUAAGCUUUGGUUUUGGGGGAAAAAGAAGAGAAUUUGAACUGAUAAUCAAUCGAAUUGUAGUUCGAAUUGAUGUCGCUUCGGAUAAAAGCAGUCGUAGAUAAGUUCGUGGAAGAGCUAAAAGAAGCGUUAGAUGCGGACAUUCAAGACCGGCUGAUGAAGGAGAGAGAGAUGCAGAGUUUUAUUGAGGAGCGUGAACGCGAAGUCGCUGAGCGUGAAGCUGCUUGGAAGGCUGAGCUCUCUCGUCGCGAGGCAGAGAUUGCUCGUCAGGAAGCACGGUUGAAGAUGGAAAAAGAAAAUCUUGAGAAAGAGAAAAGUGUUCUAAUGGGAACUGCAUCAAAUCAGGAUAAUCAAGACGGAGCUCUCGAAAUCACUGUAAGUGGUGAAAAGUAUCGAUGCCUCAGGUUUGCCAAGGCAAAGAAAUAAACUCAUACUUUAUUUCCAUAGUUUAAUUGCAAUGUAAUCUGACUAUUCAAGCUUUUAUAUAAACUUUCAAUUGAAUGAA